UCCUUAACUAUUUGUAAUACUUUGUUGUUUAUAAUCCAGAAAUUCAUUUGUUAAGCCUUUUUUAGUUGUUUCGCCAUUGCGUGCUGAUAGGCGGAAUUUGAAUAUUAAUGACAAAAAAAAACUUUCAGUUUAUAUUAUAACGAACUGGUUGAACGAGCUUAACAUUAAAAUUUAAAUACCACAGACCACAAACAUCCAUAAAGAACUGCAACGAGACAAUGACUUAAGAAACCUUUCUCGAAAAGCUAGUUUUUUUUUGUGAGCACGUUCACAGCCGGUAAGUAAGUCGACUAAGGUCCAAUUCAGAAGUUGAACGUUUGCAGUGUCGAAUCUGUUUUCCUUUGAGACCAGUGGCUAAGUAAACGUAUAGAGCUAUAAUACUACAAAAGACGAGAUAACUAGCUAAAAACUAGUGUGAACUGCGUCGGUGUUUCUAAUGAAACAGUAAUGAUAAAAAGGUAAAUUAUACACCGUGAAAAGAUAAAAAAACGACGACUGCUCAGCGCCAGGCAUACUUCGACUAGAUCAAAGCAAAACAGCUCUAGACCUCAGAGGCAAUUAGAUUCAACACGGGAAACGUUCGACGUCUGAACUGGGCCAAUUUAUAUCUUAAAUCAGAUCUGAAUUCGGGAGUAAAGAGUUCGCAAGUUAAUGGAGUUUUGCAAUGUUUCCAAACAUGAUCUCUAUAGUUUUACUGAAGGAUUUUCGAUCAAUAUUAUGUAUAGAGACAAUAAAAUGUCUGAAACUCAUAAGCCCUAGAAGUUUCUGACGUCGUUUGAACUCAAAGACCAUUUUAAAAGGUCUGACGAGUGUAAUUUGUAUUUUAAUGAUUUCUCUGAAUAUUCAGGAGAGUAGAAACCUAGAUAAACAAAAAAAAAACAAAAACAAAAACAAAACAAAAAAAAGAAAUACGAAAAUUACGGAACUUCAUUCGGACAUAACAAUCGAUAUCAGAUAUCUUAAAUUCUGCUGACAUCAUUCGACAAGAACAUAACAAAAUUAUACGCAGUUGGUCAGAACUAAGAGCCAUACAACAAUAGAAUUUAAUAUAUGCAUAUGAUUUGCGGGGUAUUCUAUAGUUGAAUAUAUAUUUUAUAGCUAUAUAUUUUUUUGUUUUCUGUGGGAAAACCUGUAAUGCAGAGUUUGUAUUGGUACUGAUUGCUGCAGACAUGAAUUACACUAACGUGCAUCAUCUUCGACUGGUUUACAACACGGAAUAAUAAAUUACUCCAAAGGUCGUCUAACGCUAUUCUAGCGCAACCAGGCCUAUCAAUUUAAGAACAAAACACUAUUCGUCCAGACAAUAAUUUCCCUCCACAGGAAACUCAAAUGGCCUAUGUAUGUAUAUUAUCAAAUCAUCUACUUAAAGUUUUCUAGUUGGACAAGAACAAUGGAAGGAAAACUCGAUGGAGGUCUGAGUUGGGUCGUCGCUUUUGCAGCUUUUUUCCAGCAAUUCGUGAUGAUGGGUAGUAAUUACGUUUUUGGAGCGUUCUUCAUUGCACUGUUGGAUGAGUUUAAGGAGAGCAAAGCAAUAACUGGAUUGGUCGGUUCAUUGGCAUUUGGCCUAUCGUUCGUAUUGGGACCAAUAACAACGAUCAUAUGCCAUAAGCUUGGAAACCGUGUUGCCUUAUUUAUAGGCAGUGUCUUCUUCAGUCUUGGGCUUCUCUUAACAUCUUUUGUAGAUGACCUGAGCCGGAUGUUUCUGACAUAUUCCGUAAUGGUUGGAUUUGGUGGAAGUCUGUGCUAUUACACAUCAAUAUUGAUAUUGAAUGAAUACUUUUGCAAGCGUCUUGUUACUGCGAAUGGUUUAACUUUGUCUGGAUCUGGCUUGGGUACACUGGCUCUUUCAGCAGCAGUGGAGCAUUUUUUAGAGUUACAUGGAUGGAGAAUUGCUUUCCGAAUUCUGUGUGUCUUUUCGCUUAUUCAGUUUGUAUCCUGUGGAAUUCAGUGUGUAAUUUCAGCACCCAUAAAAACAGAUUCUGCGCUGAAAGACAAGGUGUCCAAGAAUAAAUUUAUUGAUACUUCGUUGUUCAAGAACAAAGCUUACAUUGUUUGGGUGUUUGUCAUUUCUAUGGUGCUGUUUGGGUUUUAUAUUCCUUAUGUUCACCUGAUCCGUCAUUGUCAAGAUCUAAACAUUCCCAGGAGUAAAGCCGCCAUACUUGUUGGUUACUUGGCUAUUUCAUCAACCAUUGGCAAGAUUAUCACGGGUAGAAUUGCAGACCACCCACGUGUUGAUCGACUCAUUUUGUUUCAAUUCUUCUUAUUAGUAUGUAGUGUUUUAACAACACUUUUUCCUAUCAUGACAUCGUUAGAGACUGUAACRAUAUACUGCUGGUUAUUCGGCUUCCAGGAAGGUGGUUUUGUAGUAUUGAUUGCAAUUAUCACUGGAGACAUUGUUGGUAAAGAAAAAAUGGCGUCUGCUUUUGGAGUAUUGUAUGGCUUCAGCUGUAUACCUAUGAUGAUUGGCCCUCCUGUAGCGGGAAUGAUGUAUGGCAUAUCCAACUCAUACAACCCAGCUUUCUUCAUGUCCGCUGCCUUAACAGCUUUAAGCGUUUGCAUUUCGUUCUUGAUCCCAGUCCUACUCCCUCAAGAGAUCAUCGAGAAAUCGAGCAUGCGCAAUACUGCCGAAGAAAUUCAAAUGCCUUCGACCGGCAGCAGUACUAACAACAACUCGAAAAAUAGUUCUGUAGAUCAAGAAGCAGGAAUAAAACUAAUUGAAACAAAAACAAAAAAUGACGGGGUUUUUAUGGAAAGAUCUGGAGCAACACGAACGUUACGGAAACGAAACAAAAAUGAAGGGACAACUAACAGACUAAGUCUGGACUUUCAGCUUUACUUCUCGAUGGAACAUCUUGUAAGUCAGAGAGACAGCUUGAUAAGCAGCUUCUAUUCAAGAGAAAAUCUUAACCAUCCAGCUCCAGUUCCAGAAGUCAGAGAAACAGAUGUUUAACGCACAUGAUUAGUUUCGUAAUAAUUCCAG